AUGCUGACCCUGUCAUCCCUGUUCCGUGCCGCGCCUCCGUGCCUUCUUCUCGGCGCCCGCUCUGUCCCCGGCGGUCCGUGAAGCGGGGGAUUUCGGCGUGGUGGUUCCCUUGUUUGGAGCAUCGCACGAAGCUUGCCUCUACUCUUCGCGUCGGGUGCCUUGCCGGUGGGAAGCGUUGCUGUCGGAUAACUUCUACUACAGCUCGAUGGAAGCUACCAGUCGGCGAGCCAGUUAGUGCCAUGGCGAGACCACGAGCAGCGGCGGAGCUCCUCCGGCUCCUCUUCCUCCUCGCCCUCGCCGCCGCCGCCGCCGCCGCCGCGGCGGCGGCCACAGCGGGCGCGCCGGCGGCGGCGGCGGGGUGCCGGCGCGGGGAGCUGGUGGUGCGGCAGCGCGCGACGGGGCGGACGGUGGAGGGGAAGCCCGAGUACGCGGUGGAGGUGCGGAACGCGUGCCGGUGCGCGCAGUCGCGGGUGGUGGUGCGCUGCUACGGGCUGAGCAGCGUGGAGGCCGUGGACCCGCGGGCCAUCCGCGCCGUCGACGGCGAGCGCUGCCUGCUCCGCGGCGGCCGCGCGCUGGCGCCCCGCGGCGGCGCCGUGCGCUUCACCUACGCGUGGAUGACGCCGCAGGACUUCCCGCUCGUCAGCUCCACGCCGCACUGCUAGUAGUAGUGCUAGCCUGCUACGGAGUAGCUAGCUGCGUACCCAUCUCAUCCUCAUCUGGAUGCAUGGGCUCCUCCGAUGAUCCCAUUGUUUCCCUACUGAUUCAGCAAGCAAGAUUAGCUGAUGAUAGAUCGAUGGAUCGAUCGAUCGAGUUGCAAGUGUAAUUAAUUAAACGAGCUUGAUUAGUUGGAUAGGUUCAUUUGUGGCAAGCUUUGUUUAGGCUUGGAGAGUGAUUUGGUUUUAUUUGUGGCUCGGUUCGUACUGAUGCCUGUUAACCUUGCGUUAUAAGUGUGCUUUUUUUUGUGCUAUCCCUGGAUCAUAA